UUUGGUUUGUGUCUGACAAGAAGCCCAGAAGUUGAGUUUACUGCAUAGACGUUCGUCUGGACGCAUCCCCAACUCUGCAUUGUCGUCUGAAAAAAUCUGUAGUCCAUAGAUAGAUCCCCGACUUCAGUUUUCACUGAUAGCACCUCCCUUACUCUUUCUCAAAACCGGGAAUCCGGAAACAGGGGCUCAUUCUUUACUUCCAAAUAUGGCUGCUGCUCCGAACGAGCUCCUCUACCUUGGAUCCAAUCAACCAGGAUGGUAUGCCGGUUACAAUUCUUCCUGGAUAAUGCCAACAAGAGUUGAGAAGGUACCUGCGGAGAAGCAAGAUGAUUCCAAGAAGGGCGUAAUUGAGAUGAGAAUGCCUUUCUGUUGCGACGGUUGUGUUGAGAAGGUACAAAAGAAACUAAAAAUAAUGGAAGGUGUAGGUUCAGUUGAGAUUAUUACCCAGAGCCAGAAGGUGAUUGUUAGAGGUACUGCAAAGCCUACGGCAGUGUUGAAGGAAGCCAAGAGGAUUGUGGAUCGUACCGAGUUCUGGAAAGAAAGAAAAUAGGUGACAGUUUUCAUCCGUGGACUUCGGAGCUGCACACUUGUGUUUAUUUGCUCUUUCAUCUUGCAGCAUCAUCAAAGGUCCAUGCAAUCAUCUUGAACCUGGUGGCACGGACAGUCUCACUAUAACUCGCUUGAAGCUUCCAGGCAUGAGGAAUGAGGUAAUUCAACAAGUACCGUUAGAAGCUAUCAACAUAAAUAUGAUGUAUCUGAUUUGUUUGUACGAUUAGGUAAAUUAGCCUCGACAUCCGAUCACUUAAAACGUAACAGGCAUAUUUUCGCGCAGUCCAGGAAUUAUAAAUAGAUCCAGUAACAAGUACAGUAAUUAGCACUAAUGAACAGUAUUUGAGCUGUAUCAGAUCCAUGGAUGGUCUGUGUGUUUGACUCCACUUCUAUGGAGUCCUCCAAUGAAAUCACCUAUUGAAAGCUACUCAACACAAGUUUAUAAAUCUGUUAACUUGAGGUGUUUUCUU